AAGUUUGCUGUUUAGCUCAACUCAGUAUAUGUUUUUUUUUAAAACAAGUCUCCUGGUUAAAAUAGCUUUAGUUCCAGGUAGUGAAAGACUGUAUUCUCAGGUUACAGGGCAGACAAGCCUCAUGAAACAGUACUGUACGGUAGCCUUUGCUUUUUUCUGGCAGGGCCUUGACAAUAAUACAAGUUCUUGUGUGGUAGCUGCUGCUGUGCCACAGAGCGUUCACUGUCUAAGCAGGCAUGAUUUAUAAAUGAAGCAGACCUCAUCAGAGGUUUGUAGUCCUGUAUCCAGACCCUCUGUGGUCUGAGAAAAGUUUCCAUGUGCUUUUAGGUUAUGGCUCCAUUUACUUAGGAGUUCUGUGACCUAGAAAAACAAAGGUGUCCAUUUCUGUCAUCAUUUUGACAGUCAUUCUCUGACCUCAUGAGGUUUUUAGUUAACAUCACACAUUGGACGAAUUUGCAGGUCGAAUGCUUUCUGCAGUAGUAAAGGAACUGUUUUCGGGGUGAAAAGGCAGUUUCUGCUGACUUUGCUACGAGCACACUUUUAAGACCAAAAUCUAUUCUUUUGUUUCCUGGAGAUGAUUUCUUACACUGCACAACUGUACAAACAUUUAUACCUCUGUUUCAGCGCAACAGGGCAACGGAGAGUGGUCUCUUUCUGAAUAAUAUGAUUAAAGUAGGCAGUACGUGUUUUAAAGUUUCAUCUGCUAGGCCUGGGGUUAUUCUAAAUGUGAGUCACUGGAAUUCACGUAGAUGCAAGUACAGGCUUACAUUGUAAGUUGAUACCUGCACCUUCAGCUUGGAAAUAUAAGAAGAGGGAAAGAGGAGAAGCCCUCAGUUGUUUGUGAUCCUUUAAUCCGAGGAAAUGCAGUUAUUGUGUUGUUGUUUUUUUAGUCUGUAGAAAUCAGUUAUUCCUUUCACUGCUAUACUCUUUAUCCAAGGUGGUGUAUGCAAUACAAUUGCAGUUAAUUCUCUGAAGUAUCAGCAGUAUACGUUUGCAGUCGAAUAACAAACCCAUCUAGAUGAGGUGCAGUAUAGGCUUUGUAUAUUCUUCCAGUUCAAGGUGGACUUUCUUUAAAACAGCAGGUACUGUGGUUAUUGAGUGCAAUUGCUCUCAUACUAACUUGGCUUCUUGGCUACAUCAGUUUCUGUAAUAUAUAGGACAAGUGCUGAUGUUAAACUAUAGAAUCUUGAUUGUUGGUCUGAAUUACAUGAUGUCUCGAUCCAAUCUACUUUUAAAGGUGGAUCAAGCUUCUGGUUUCUGACCUGGCUAACUAAACUGCAUUUCAUGCAAGAAUCCAGUUUCAGAAGAGAGAUUUCUGCCAGGACAUACUGUACAAUUUCCAGCACCGGCCUUCAAGAGAGGUGUAACUGAAGAAAGUUCAAGCCAGCUCUCAUUCUUGUAAAGGACAGUAACAUUAUCCAGUCCUCUUGUGUUUACGUAAUUAGGACUUUCACUUGUUUGAAGUUGGGACUAUGAAUUGGGACUAUGAAUUAGUACUAUGCUUGUUUUGAGGGAUGUUUUCUGUUGCUGUUCCUGCUCUGUCACUGACUGGCCGCAAACCCUCUGGGAGGUUUUUAUGUGUUUUGUCGUUUGAUUUGAUCCCUCGAGUGAAGCAGGCCUGUGUCCCCAGUGAAUCCUAAAAUAGUCUAAGUGUUUAGCUCGAACCUCCUGAGGGUCUAAUCUGCAUUUGGCUGAAAGGAUUCUUUUUCACGUCUGACUCAAUGAAUAAAAACAGUUCCAAAAAUAAUUUAAUUGGGCUGCAGUAUCAUGAAAGACAUUGUUUUCAAAAGGCUUUCAGUGACUUCGAUGACAGUUUAGACUGAAAAGAGACUGCUUUAUUUUUCGUUGACUCAACAGAUUGACAUUUCAUUAUGAAUUUUGCUAAAUUUACCCACAUUUCUAACAAGUGAAAUCUCUGUUUUUCUGAGGCUGUGUGUAGGAACGUUCUUCCGGUAAAUCUUGAAUUCAAUAUUGAAUUAUCCUUAAAAAUCUUUUCGGAUUUAUGUUAAUGUAAAUCCCAGUGACAGUGUACAGUGAGGCAAGAUGUAGAUAAAGGAUAAGCUACGUGAUAAAAAAAGCAGAGACGUUUAGUGGCAACAAUUCAGAAAAAAAUGACUUGUUAAGGACUGUUUGCGUUAUGAAUCACAGUGUGUUUUUUAUUUCUGUCUUAGUCUCACUUCCCUCCAUUAUGUAGCCAAACUAACAGACUUCAAAAACUGAAAAAAGGGUUACAUUUAAAUUAGAAGCUGAUAAAUGGAGUUUGUUUUUUGGUUUCAAUCUAAUUUUGCUUCAAGUGGAAUUGACCAUCAGCAAAGCUAGAAGUUAUGUUUUUUUAUUAAAAUAAUUUGAAGACGGUGGUGAGCUCUUGAGAGCAAAGUCCCGCAACCUUAUCUGUGCUGAGAGCUGUUGUACAAAAAGCAUGGCCUUUGAGUCAUAACUGCACACUGCAGAUUGUCUAGUGGGUCUUGAUUGUUUCUUCUGACAUUUCUGUGCUGAGGUCUGGAGUCGGAUCUGUUUCAGCUAGUAAGUGUGGCCUUACUGUGGUGCUGUGGUGCACUAAGACAAGCCACAGGAAGCAAAUGGGGGGGGGGAAUAUAUUUCUUAGGCAGAGAUUCUGGUUAGAAUGGCAGGUGAUUUCCCAGUAGCUGAGGUGAACUUGCUGACAAGCACUUAGGAUAAAUAUAGUAUAUAGCUUUUGAUUUAACCUCAUUUGUUUCCUCAGUUCAGUAUUUAAGACAGAACUUAAAAUUUGAUUUAAACAAAAAUAAAAUGUGUAAUAUUCAAAACCAACCUUUACUUUACUUGUGUGGGGGGAUUAAACGGAUCUAACACAUCUAACAUGUAUAGCAAUGUAAAGACCUAGUCAUCCACUAUGAUUUCUGAGGUGUGGCGUGCUUUGUCUGUAUUGUAGUUAUUAAGAAGUGAUUAAGCUUCCCAUCCAGUUUUGUGCCAAAGAACACUUCGUGGCUGUAACGUUAUGACUCGGGGAAUGUUGCCAAGUCUGCAAAAACUGGAUUUCUUGUUGUAACAUGACAAAUGUGUAGGGUGAUCUUAUAAGAGUAUAGUUCAUAGUCAAGAGACAGCUGCGCACAAAAUGGGUACAGACAUGACCUGUUGAUAGGUGUCAAACUACAGACGAAUCGGGCAGAAUUGAGAAGCUACAUCUAGAUAUUUUUUGUACUGAAAACCACAGCCAACACUCUAGCUUGUGAGUUUUUUCCUGCAGCAAUUAAAAUGUUAAAAUCAAAUCCCCAUGUCUAACCGUAUCAGUUUGAGGCUAGGUGAGGUCUGCACAGAUCUGAUUUUCCUGUACCAGUACGGAUGGAAUAAGACUCCCGUUGCCCAUGAAGCUUCGACCAUCACGACCAUCAUGCCUUUUAUUCCUGAAAGAGUGAUAUUUUGACUGCUCGCCUGGCCUGGCAGAAAGAUUUAAAAUAAGAGCACAAAGUGAUCAUCGUGGGUUUGGAUAAUGCAGGGAAGACUACUAUAUUGUAUCAGUUUUCGAUGAAUGAAGUUGUCCACACCUCUCCAACGAUAGGCAGCAAUGUUGAAGAAAUUGUAGUCAACAAUACACACUUCCUCAUGUGGGAUAUCGGCGGGCAGGAGUCUCUUCGCUCCUCCUGGAACACUUACUAUACAAACACAGAGUUUGUGAUAGUCGUUGUGGAUAGCACAGACAGAGAGAGGAUUUCUGUAACCAGAGAAGAGCUCUAUAAAAUGCUGGCACAUGAGGACCUAAAGAAAGCAGGGCUGCUGAUCUUUGCCAACAAACAGGAUGUGAAGGGCUGCAUGACGGUGGCUGAGAUCUCGCAGUACCUGAAACUCACCUCUGUCAAAGACCACCAGUGGCACAUCCAGGCCUGCUGCGGCCUCACCGGUGAGGGACUGUGUCAGGGCCUAGAAUGGAUGAUGUCAAGGCUUCGGGUCAGAUGACCUCUGCCGUCGUCUUACAAGGACUUUAUUUCUUGUGGAAGUGCUCGCACUUAUCUUUCUGCGAAGGCAACAUUGAUCCUUUGUGGGUCUAUCGGUUAUUUAUUGCAGACUGUGCUCAGACUCGGAACUGUGAAUAAGACACUUCUUUAAGAUGGGGAGAAAAAAAAACACGGAGCCAAAUCCUGAGAUCUAGAUCUCGCUACGUGGAGCUUUGUAGUAUUGAGUAACUACUGGAGGUGGUACUGACAUGUUGUACAGUAUUUAGCAUUAUUGUGUGCCUGCUUUGGACCCCAGUCAAACAAGAUGAAGACAAGAAAAGAACAAAGAGCAAUCGUUUCUGGUAAUGUAAAAGAAUCAUGAAAUAAAGCCUUUUUAUCUGUUA